AUGGCAGCUCUGCAAUCAGUUGAUCUGGCUGUCUGUCCUUGUGCACCUGCAGCCCUCCAACUCCUUUGGAUGGGCUACUUCCCCUGUGCCCCACUGGGGCCAACACUUGCUGUUAGCCUACAGCUUCUCAGCUUUGUCCAACAAUUCUUCAUGUGCAUACCUCCAAGCACUUCAGCAUGGUGUGAGUCCCUUGAGGCAUACCUUGCAGCUAUGGGUUAUGAGGUGGACACAAAGGAGGGUAUAUUCCAGAGGUUCAGUAAUGCAUAUCACUGGUAUUGUAUUCUGGAAACAUCCCUUGAUGAAUAUGUCCAACAACAACUGCAAGAAUCUGCUAGUCCACCAUCAAACAUCCCCUCUGCAAUCCCAUUGCCAAGUUCCCCAGACAAUGAUCAUUGUCCUCUAUGCUUUGGUGGCCAGAGCUGGCAGAGCAAUAAUAGUGAACAUGGCUUUUCUGAUGUUGAUGCAAUUGUUUGCAUUGAUCCUUGUUUUACUCAGAAGCGCAGAAGUAGGCAUCUGGAUGAUCCAGUAAACCCUACAGCUACAGUCUUUCUUUCACAAGAAGAUAUUUGUGCUAUGGAGCAUGAGGUUAAUGAGUUGCGAAAGUCAAAGUCUUCAACCCAAAGGAGGAGUGGACAGGCUUUGAAAAAGAAUUAUCUUGGUGAUGGGGAGGAUGAGUUUGAAGAGGGAAUGAGGAUAACAAUGUCAGUGCUGAAGGGUUGUAAUGAGUCCUUUACUGCAGCUGAUACUGGUAUCAUGGCCCUACUCUGUCAUCAUGAUCAUGUCAUUUACCUUGCAAAUAUGACUUCAGCUGGGGAGAGGCAACAUUAUGCACUUGCCCUCAUCAAAUCUCUUUUUGGCCAUCUCCCAGAUAAUUUUCAUAUUGGGCUGUUAUAUGACAUAGGUUGUCAACUGGAACAGAGCUGCAGGAAGUGGGGUUUUCCCAAGUCAUUUCUGCCAUGUAUUUCUUUUGCCAUCUCAGUAUUUCAUGCCUUUGAUCAUCAAUGGGCAUAUCAGCUUAUCUAUCACCCCCAAAAAUGUGAAGGAUUUGGGCUAUCUGAUGGAGAGGGAUGUGAGCAUUUUUGGAGUUCAAUCAAAGGGCUGAUACCAUCUCUUCAUGUUUCUGGGUCUCAUCAACACCUCUUUGUUAUUGACUUCCAGGUGUGCCACCUGGACAUGAAAAGUCUCACUGGUUUGGGCCAGUGGCUUUUGCAUCACUGGAAUCAUUGCCAAGGAAAGAAGGCUGCUGCAAACAGAAGCCUAAGGAGAUGUGGAGUUGAUAUCCCAACUCUUCAAGCUGAAUGGGUUGCUCAAGUCUCUGCACAGACAAAGCCAGCUCCUUGUCACAGCUCUAAAGCUGCUGAGAAUAUGAUAUUGCAAAUCAUGGCAACUCAGAAAUCAUUGGCAAAUUAUGAGGCCAAGCUAGAAGUGCUGGAGAAAGAUCUUCUCCAUGGGGUUGCUGACAUGACAAGCUUGAAUAUCCAAAUUGCAGAGUGUCAUCAAAAGGUUAAGUGUUUUAAAGAAGCUUCGCAGAACCAGAGGGCAACCCUAGGCAUAAAUGGGCAUUCAAAUCUUGCUAGCAUCCAAAGGAGUGCUUAUCUUCAACUUCACAUGCAUGCAUUAGCAAUCAAGAAAUGUAUCAGAGAUCAUCUGCACCAACAAAAGUUUGAGUUGGAAAGACUGGAAUGCUCAUAUUGGCAGACUCUCAGUGAACAAAGACUUCAAAACCACACAGAAGCAUCUCUUGCCAGUAGCUACAAUAAUCUGUGUCUGCAAAUUGUAGGCCUCAUACACAAGGGAAAAGCUCCUCAGGGGUCAAUAGCCCCACUCCUGAUCCCAAGGGACUCUUUGUUCAAACUGGAUGGUAUUGGCCUUGGGAAUGAUUCAGAUGGGUUACUACCCCCAUGGUUAGCUGAUGAAAAAGUGCACUCAGGGAUCAGAUCACUCCUUGAGCUGAGGCAUUGUGAAGAAGAGGAAAGGCACCUGUUGCAGGAAAGAAGAGCUUUGACAGAGUGGUUUUCUGAAGAGUGGGGUCAUGUGCAGAAAACCAGACAGAGUGCUGAUGUUGAUCUUGCAUAUGAACUUGACUGCAGAGCAUUGAGACUAGCAGGUCUGUGCAUCUUGUGGAAGAGGCAACUUAGAGGCUAUCCUGGAACACCUAAUGAGAACUGGGGUGCAAGUGAUGAAGAACUUCACAGCAUGGUGCAAGGUGGUCAUGUUAUAUAUAUUGAUAGUGAUAAUGAGGAGAGGUUUGAUGGAUUGGAGUCAGAGGGUGAAGAGGAUGAGGAUGAAGUGAUGGAUGAUGAGUUGCUAUGUGUUGCUGAAGAAUUUUCCCUGGCAGAUGAAUAUCACCAACAAAGUGAUAUGCCAUUGGAAGAAUUCUGA